ACCAAAAUACACACAUAAGCAUAAACAAGCGUGCAUCACACUUUUUUCCUUCGUAUAUCGAAGUUAGUAGUUAGAUACACAGUUUACACAUACGAGUUACAGCGAAGUUGUUAAUGAUCGCGUACGUUGUUUAAGCGCCGAUCGCCGGUUCACCAUAAUAUUUUUUCUUUGUGAAUACUUAGCUUAAAUUGUGUUUUUUUUUUGUCAUUCGUAGUGUUUUAUAAUUUGAUAUUUUCGCGUUGUUGGUGUUGAUUGUGUGAGCCUUUGAAAUUCGUUUCUAAGAGGAGAAGUACUACCUGACUUGAUACUGUGGUCGAACGUAUAUUCUUUAUCGAGUGUUGGACAUCAAGAAUAUGGAGUCGCCAAGGGACGGAGAUGUGCCAUUAUCGACAGUUGUAUCCACAACGAAUCCUACCUCGAAUAACAGCAAUGACAAACAAACCACUACAACCGCCACCAAUUACCAUGAAAACGAGAAAGAUGCGAAUGAUAUGUUGAUUCCAGCCAUGAUCCCAAAUACCGGCGGCGGCCAAAUACCCGAAGAAGUCAAUGUUUAUAGAAAUAAAAAAACUCUCACGCAGGGGUUAAUGGAUAUCGCCUUGUUUUCCGCUAACGCCAAUCAAUUGAGAUAUAUUUUCGAACACGGAUCUACAUCACAAGCGUAUUUUUAUAUCGCUGCGAGUUUAAUUAUCAUCAGUUUAGUGUUACAAGUUGGAGUAGGCCUUUUGCUAUUAAUGAGCACGCAGUACAAUAUCAGCGUCGAAUGCCAAAGAGAAAUGGCUUAUAAAUAUGGUAACUACGUAGUAAUGGGUAUAUUUUUAAUUACGGUCGUUAAUAUAUUCAUCGCAGCAUUUGGUGGUCCAGCGGUGCUACCGACGGCAGUUCAGUGAUAUUCUUAGUCAUUAAUGAUGAAGCCAGUCCGGUAACAAUUGGCUUUCAUUUCAGUAUUUGUGGCAAUUUAAUUCGGUACUUAGUUUAUUGUUCGAUUGAUUCGGUAAUGUCUUGUAAUUUUUCUUGUUCGUGUUCUAAUUCGAAACCUAUGUAAACAUUCGAUUAAUAAGACUACGAAACGGAUAUGUUUUUAAAUGCAUUUCAAUAAGUAUUGUAUUUCUUUUUUCUCAUAUUUUUUUUUUUAUAAUUAUACUUAUUUUUAUAUCGAGGCGAUAAAUACAUAAUUUUUGUGUA